UCUUGCAUGCUCAUCGCUUGUCUUCUCUCUUGUCUCUACCCAAGCUCGUUCUGCUCAGUUGAGAAAUACAGCCAUUUCCGAUCAGUAAGAUUAUCUCUUAUUCAUAGAGACAUAAAGGGAUUCUCUGAUGGGUUGUACUGUGAGGGAGAAGCAUGUUAGGCCGAACCGGAAGACCCGAUCCGUGAAACCCGAAUUCGAUCCGUGCUGUUUGCUCGACAGGACGGCUCUUCCAAAAUCAAUUGUUGAAUCGAGUCUGAAACAUCUUGUUUAUCACCCGGGUCUUCUAGAUUCGGGUCCAGACCCGAACCCAAGUGAGAAUUCCGAGGAGAAUGGUUGGGGCUACUGUACGGAGGAGCAAUUAGAGGAUAUAUUGCUGAAACAUUUGGAGUAUAUAUACUACGAAGCGAUUUCGAAGCUUGUGGGAUUGGGUUACGAUGAAGAUUUGGCGUUGAGAGCCAUUCUUAGUAAUGGUUUCUGUUAUGGUGGGAUGGAUGUUUUGACAAACAUUAUGCACAAUUCAUUGGCUUAUCUUAAUAGCAGCACAAGUGAAGGAAGUAAUGGGAACAGUGACGAUCAGUCUGAUACUGUUUUCACGGAUUUGAGACAGUUGGAAGAGUAUUCGCUUGCGGGUAUGAUUUAUUUGCUGCAACAAGUUAAACCUCACCUGAGUAAAGGUGAUGCAAUGUGGUGUUUGUUAAUGAGUGAGCUCCAUGUAGGGAGGGCUAGUACAAUGGAUAUACCUAGUUCUGGAAAUGGAAAUAGUGCUAAUGUGGAAGGAGUUGGUGCUAAUGGUGUUGGUGCUAUGGUGCCUGCAUUGUGUAGAUUCCAUGGAGGCUGGGGUUUUGGGAAUGGGAGAGGACCUGAGUUUUCUGGUAAUGGGUUUUCUUCUUGCGGCGAAGAGUUGACAUUGCAGAGAGAGAUUGAUUGUCCGAGGAGAUUUAAUCUCUCACCGUCGAUGAAGUCUUUGUUGAGAGAGAAUGUUGCAGCUUUUGCUGCUGGGUUUCGUGCUAGCAUGAAGCAGAAGAAGCAGAUGCAAAUGCAGUCUGAUACUGGUUGCAAUAGCUUGUCUUGCACAGCUGCUGCUACCUGUUCAGAGACGUGUGAGCAGCCACGUAGCUCGGGAAGCGAAGAAAGUGUAAGUUCAGUGCUGGAGAAAUUCCGGGAUCUGAACCUCGAUGAUGACAGUGUUGAUUCAUCAGCACCUGAGGAGCUAAAGGAUGAUGUUUUAAUAGGGCUACUUCGUCAGGUUCAGGAUCUCAAGAAGCAAGUGAAUGAGAGGAAAGAUUGGGCUCAGAAGAAGGCAAUGCAAGCUGCCCAAAAGGUCAGCGAUGAACUGGCCGAGCUUAAAUCAUUGAGGAGUGAGAGAGAAGAAACUCUACGGUUGAAAAAGGGGAACCAAGCUCGCGAGGACUCUGCUACGAAAAGAUUAUCAGACAUGGAUAAUGAUCUUAAGAAAGCUAUCUGUCAAUUUACAAGGGCAGAUGCGAUAGCAAAGACACUCCAGAAGGAAAAUUUAGAAAUCCGGGCAGAAAUAGAAGCUUCCAAGUUAAGUGCAUCGGAAUCGCUCACAUCGUGCAUGGAGGCAUCAAAGAAAGAGAAAAAAUGCUUGAAGAAACUUGUGGUGUGGGAGAAGCAGAAAAUGAAGUUGCAAGACGAGAUUACAGCUGAAAAAGAAAAGAUUAAGGCACUCAAUAGGGAUUUAGCUCAGAUCUUCCAGGAAGAAAAAGAAUACGAGGCGAAAUGGAGGCAGGAGCAGAAAGCAAAGGAGCAAGCUUUGGCACAAGUGGAAGAAGAACAGCGGUCCAAAGAAGCAACGGAGGCUAGCAACAAGAGAAAGGUGGAAAGCUUCCGGUUAAAGAUAGAAAUAGACUUCCAGAGACACAAAGACGAUCUCCAAAGACUGGAACAAGAGCUGUCUCGGCUCAACAAAGGCUCUUCCACUGACUCAAGCCUCCAAUCCGAUAACACCUCCGACACAAAGGGGAAAUCAGACAAGUCUGCAAUGUCAAAGCUGCUUGAAGAGCUGGAUAGGCUUGAUGGGUCAUAUGAGAAGGAAGCAAACAAUGACCGGGAAUGUUUGAUCUGCAUGAAAGACGAGGUUUCGGUUGUGUUUCUCCCUUGUGCGCACCAAGUUGUUUGUGCGAGCUGCAGCGAUAGCUUCAUGGCGGGUGGCAAAGCGACCUGUCCUUGUUGCAGAGCUCCGGUUCAGCAGAGGAUCCGCGUCUUUGGAGCAACUUCGUAGUCAAAAUACUUUUUUCACAGUAUCAGUUUCAUAAUUAUCGAUUCCAAGUCGAAACCUGAAAGAAUAUAAACUUCAAGUAUGCUUUUUAUUCCUUUAAUAUUCAAAGUAUAUGUGAAACAGUAAAUGAAUGAAACCAAGGCAUA